AUGACUGUGAUUCAAACGCUUAAAUAUGCGGCCCCUCUCCACCAAGUCCCGCCCGAGUCGUUUGAAGCUCCGCCCCCGACGUAUGCUGCGGCUGCAUUGCCAGAGCAGCCGUCAUCCUCGUCCACUGGCGGCGAGAGAGAAACGGAACGUUGGGUUGGCCCCUCAUCGUCGACGUCGGAUCGGCAGCAGCAGCGAGAACAGCAACCAGUGGUGCCACAAGCGGCAGCACCAAUAGCAGCCGUUGCAGCAGACUCGCUGUUACUCGGCGACGAUCCGCCACAUUCAGUCUGUGCUGCUCGCCAUAUCAGUGCUGCGGGUGGUGAAGAUAACUCGUUGUCUUCUUGUUAUCAGACCAGUGUCGACGCCGUUCCUAUCACUUCUCCUGGAGAGGAUCCGAUAAGGGAUCGUACCGUUGUUGUUGUUGUUCAACAAUCAGGACAACAACAGCAACAACAGCAGGAGUCGAUUCGACGAGACCCUCCUAAAUCGCAACAGCUGCAACAAUUGCAACAAUAUCUAGUGGAAGUGGACUCUUCGGAAGUGCCGAUUGCCGUGAGGCCUGGAAUGCUUCAGUGUCUGAAGCCCCACUGCGCGACUGACUUUGAGAUGGAGCCUUCUAGUUACGUGACAUACAACGGCCAACCCUAUCAAACAGCCAGUUCGAAUGUGCGUUCUCUUGAAAACCAUGGAGUCCUCGGAUGGCCCGCCCAGGGCUACGAUCCGACGGGAUUCUCAGGCUAUCCAGCUGCCACAAAUCCGCUGGGCAUGCCAAUGGAUCCAGCCUAUAUCGACUACUAUCAAGACUCGAAGGAAUGUGUGAACUGUGGAGCGGUGUCAACUCCAUUAUGGCGAAGAGAUAUGGCGGGUCAUUAUCUAUGCAAUGCUUGUGGUUUGUAUACGAAAAUGAACGGCUCCAACAGACCUCCCGUGUCGCCAAUACGAAGACCGAGUCUCAACAAGCGCCCUGGAUUAGUAUGCUCGAAUUGCGACACAAACAACACGACCCUGUGGAGACGGAACAAUCAAGGCGAACCUGUCUGCAAUGCUUGCGGUCUUUACUACAAACUGCACGGGGUGAACCGUCCGGCAGCAAUGAAGAAGGACGGAAUCCAAACGAGGAAACGAAAACCGAAGAGUGUGGAAGGAAACACACCGAAAAAGAGCGUCGGUAAGAAAUCGGCGACUACCGCUGCUGGCUAUGGGAGCUUGAUGUCUUCCAUGCGACAUCAGAGCGCACCUCACCAGUUCUUCCCCUCCGAAAUGGUCGGCUACCAGCUACAGGGACAGCAUGGAUUAACCGAUCUGAGACUACCUCGUACAAGUCCAGGAGCUCAUUCAACUGGAUCGGCUUCCGGAUCGUACAGUUCCGUCCUACGGCAGGAUUCCAAUUCGGAUCUCUCCGUCAUGAGCCCCGACGAUCACCAUACCCUUUCGCAUCGCGUGGGCUCCCUAUCUUCGCCGAAUGCUCUUCUGACUAGUCAUUUGCAUUCCUUAAGUAUCACAGCUCACCCUCUGGAUCAGCACGGUGGUCAUAUCCACGCGUAUCCGCCUCCAAGUACGCCAGUCAGCGCUGCAUCCCAAUUCUCAACUCCUGGCCUCCAACGCCACCAAACACCACCGUCCGUAUAGAAGAAUGAAGCCCUUUAGUCUGGUAGCACUCUGUGACAGCCCGGAAUGUACUCACUUCUGAAGAUCGAGGAGAAUAAGGCAAUGCGCUCCGGGAAACUCGCCAGGAAGAGCGUAAUAGGAUUUUUCUUCCAAUUCGAUUGUAACCUGCUGAAACCAUAUCGGAGCCAGUACACACAGCAUACGAAACCCAGAGCGCCACAGCAGAAGCAGCCAAUCGCAUCCUGCGCAUAGAUACGUGUAUGUAAUUUCUCCGACUGCGUUCGUCCUUUCUUACGUAAAUAGAUGGAAAUAUAAAUCUACUUCCAAGGAUGUGGAAGUAUUAAUUGAUGCCUUAUGUCGGAGCAUCGUAUGAUCUUGGCAGAGAGAGAAUCGGUAUCAGUGACGUUGGUGGUGAUGAUAACGAU